AUGUCACAACCCCGUUCUCGUUCUCAAACACAGUUCUUCACUAUUAGAUACUCGUAUCUUCUUAAAUUUUACUCGGUUAUCAAAAAAUCUUUUAAAAUUUCUUUUUCUGCUAUUCUUUGGCGUUCUGAUUUUAUUAAAAAUUUUAUCCGAAAAAAUCUCGAUUUUCUUCCUAAUUUUCUUGUUUUAUUUGUUCGUAUUUUUCAACUUCAAUAUAUAUUUUUAUUUGUUAUGGCAGAACAAAAUAUAAAAAUGCCAGAAGGAAAAGCACCCCAUUUUCCCCAACAACCUGUUGCCAGACAAAAUGAUGAUGGAUCACUUGAAUUGGAAUGUUUUUUGGAAGCUCAACCUGUUCCGGACAUUAAAUGGUUUUACGAAAAUAAUGAACUCAAAUCAAGUGAAAGAUUUUCUUUUCGUCUUGAAAAUAGAGGGACUGACGCUUAUUCAUCUAUUCUACAAAUUAAGGAUCUGGCUGACAGUGAUGCUGGUGCUUAUCGAUGUGCAAUUGUAAAUCCAUUUGGGAAAGGAAAUGCUAAUUUUAAUUUAAAAUUAACUGGCUUUAGUUCUCCAACUUUUAUUGAAAAACCACAAAUUUCUUCUCGAGAUGAUGGGCGUGUUAUGAUUAUGGAAUUUAAAGCUAAAUCAAUUCUUAAACCAACUUUUGUUUGGCAAAAAGGAGAUGAAAUUGUUGCUGAAUCUGAUCGAUACAAAAUUAUUUUGAAAGAAACUGGAAAUCACGAAUUUUAUGCUGCGUUAGAAAUUGUUGAACCAAAAAAGGAAAAAGAUGCUGGGCAAUUUGUUUGUACUGCAAAAAAUGAAUCUGGAAAAUUAACUGCGACGUUUUCUGUUAAAUUUGAAGUUCCCCAAGGAGCGCCUACUUUCACUCGGAAACCACAAAUUUUGCAGAAAACCUCUGAUUCUGGUGAUCCUGCAAUUGUUUUUGAUAUUGGAUUUCAAGCCGACCAAAAUCCUGAGGUUAUUUGGCUUAAUCCAAAAAGCAAAAAGAUGAAAGAAUCUAGCAGAAUUAAAUUUGGUUUGACUCCUGAUGGAGGGGCAAAUACAUACACUGCUCAAUUGGAAUUAAAGAACUACAAAGCAAAAGAUAGUGGGACAUACACUUGUAACAUAAAAAAUGAUGCUGGAGAAGCAAAUGUUGAAUUAACGCUUAAUAUUGAAGGUGAUAUUAAAGAAGAAAUAAGCGAGUCUUUAAUGGAAGAAAUUGAUAGACCGACAACUGUGGAUGAUUUUAAUUAAAUAUUUUUUAAUUAAUUGCUGUGUUUUCUAUAAUUCCCCUUUUUUAUUUAUUUUUAGUUUUUGGAAGUUUUGUAGAUUUCUUCUUCCUUUGUUUUUAAUAUAAAUUAAUUUAAAUUUUUUUGUUUUAAUUUUUUUGGAAGGGAGGUAGUAUUAGAAAUGUUUAAGAUUUUGGGAGUUUUUUAGAUUCUCAGGUUUUUGGGGAUGAGGGCAUUUUUUUGUUUUCUUUUGUGUUUUAUCUUUAUCUAACAAAAAUAAUAUUUUAAAUUUUAUUUU